AAUUUAAUUUGGGUUUUUAUCUUAAAAAAAAUCACAAUAUAAUAUUUUGUAUAUGUAAAAGAUUAACAUAAAUUUUAUAUUAUAAAAUUACAAAAAAAAAUUAAUUUUACUUUGAUUGAAAAUUAAGAGUGUCAAAGAAAAUACAAAAAAAAAAAACAAAGAAUCAAAGAAAAGGAAAAGAAAUCAAAUUUUUAUUUAAAAUAAAACAAAAUUAUUAUAAAAUACAUAAUAUAUACAAUUGUACACACAUAUAAACAAAUGAUUCAAUUAAAUUUUAACUAAGACGCAUCUACAUUGUCUAAAUUAAUUAUCGAAUAAUUAGCACAGACAUCAACCCCAAAAUAAAUUAAAAGUGAUCUUAAAAGGAAAAAAAAAACAAAACUCAAAGGAUUAAAAUUAUAAAAAUAACAACAACAUCAACUUAAAUUUCAACAAUCAACAACUUUAUAUGAAUGAGAUUUUUUCGGUUUUUUUUCUCUCUUUUUUAAACAAAUUGUGGAUUAUUUAAUAAAUUAAUUAUUAUUUUUAAUAUAUAAAAAAAAGGUUCAAGCAAACUGAAGCUUUUUUAAUUUAAAUAAGGCGUAUUCAAUAAUCCACACAUUUGUACAGAAAUCUAUUCACUUAAAAUCAAGAGUGACAAUAAGUGACAUCACAUUUCGUAUUGGAAAAUCAAAACUGUCGAUAAUUAAAACAUAUAAGAAUAAUAAAAAUAAUUAAUAAUAUUAUAAAAAUCAAUUAAAUAACAAUAACUUUGUUGACAAUCAUUCUCAUCACUCAACAUAAAAAUAAAAAAAAAAAAUAAUUAAAAUUUUUAUUUUUGAUAGUGCCUUAUUGUGCCAAAAGAGUAAAAUCAGCUUCAACGUAUUUAUAUACAACUCCAAUUUAUACAUAUAUACACAAUUAUAUAUGUACAUUUAGAUAAAAAAAAAAUCACCAAAUUAAAAACAGAUCUCAUUUGAAUAAGUAAGACUGCAAUACAAACUUUGUAUAGAAAUUUUUUCAAUUUUUAAAAAUUCCUCAACUUUUUAUAAAAAAAAAUUCGAUUUAAGUUUUAGUAUCUUGCUUUCUUUACCAAUACACAUACAAUAAAAGAAAAACCGAAUUUAAUAUUACACUCAUAAUAUAAAAAGGUCAAAAUUAAUUCCGAAAAAUAAAAGGAAAAUUUAAUUCCGAAAAGGACAACAGGCAUAUAAAUAUAUUCUUGAAAUAUUUUGCACAAAAGGACAUCAAAUUUAAAAAUUUUAUUUCCUUAAAGUGAAACAAAGCUAAUAUACGAAUUUGGAAAGGAACAACUUAUUCAAUUCAAAUACAACGCAUUCAAAUUUUAAAUAUUCUUUGAGACUGUUUAAAUACAAAAAUUAUUAUCAAUAAUGUGUUCAUUAUCAAGCUGCCAAAUUAAAAUAUUUUAAUAAUAAUUUUUAAUUUAUUAUUAAUAUUUAAAAAAACAAAAAAUGUUUAAAUUUUGUACCUAUCAUAUUAAACGUAUACGUCCUUUAAACAUUUAUACAAUUUUAAUAUUUACAAGAACUUUUUAGCCAAAAGAAUAUAGGCGUUUUAUUCAGUUUUUGGAAUAUAAUAAAUAAAAAAUAUAUUUAAUGAAAAGAAAAAAAUGUAAGCAGUGCCUUUAAUAUACAACAUAAUUAAUAAAUUAUAUUUAAAAUUAAUUGAAAAAUAAUAAACUUGAAAAUAAUUCCAAAAUUUAACAUAAAAGACUGGAAAUUUUUUUAAUUUGAAACUAGAAAAAAAAAAUAUAAAUACUUGUAAUUAUAAAAAUAAUUAAACUAAGUAAUUUUGACUUCUUGUUUAAAAGAAGUACUUUUUUAAGUACUUCUAUUAAAAUAAAUUUUAUAAAGGACUAAAAAAAGAGAAUCCAAAAUUUUUUUAUUCGGUGAAAUAAAAGAUAAACUGGCAUUGGCGACGGGUAUAAGGAGUGGCUCUGCCAUAUCGGCAAUGCCAUUUAUUGAUGAUGCAUUGCUAUGGUGCCCUGAUAAUGAUGGACGAAUGGUUGAUAUCUCUACGUGCUUGCAGGAAGCCGCUAAUAAUAAUACAAAUAAUGCAAAUCAAAAUAAUAAUGAAAUAGGAAAUAACUCUUGUGAUAUAAAUUCUUUAGAACCAAUAAAUACAUCAGAUUCAGAUGAACUUUUUAGGCAAUUAGCAGAAAGUUCAUUUGAAUUGGACAGUUUUUUAUCAGACUUUACUGUUGAAGUAAAGCAAGAGGACAAUAAUAACAAUUUAAAUUUACAACAAGCUUUAAACCAAAAUAAUUUUCUUGCCUCAUGUACAAAUAAUAGUAACAAUCAAAAUUCAACAAAUUUUUUAACAACAAAUAACGAUAAUGAUAAUGAAAAUAAUAAUGGUAAUAAUAAUAGUAAUAACGCUGUAAUACCAAAUAAUGGAAUUAUUAAUAAUAAUUUAAAUAUUAAUAAUUCAAUCGAUACAGCAGCAUUAUUAGCAUUAGCGGCAUCUGUAACGGCUAGUAAUAAUUCAAGUAAUUUAUCUCAACAACAACAACAACAGCAGCAGCAGCAUCAUCACCAAAAUCAAAGACAAAGUAAUAAUAAUUUUUCCAAUAACAAUAAUAAUAGUAAUAAUAAUAAUAACAAUAAUAAUACAAGUAAUAAUAGUAAUAGCAAUAAUAGUAGUAGUAGUAGUAAUAACAAUAAUAGUAAUAGUGCAAAUAAUAAUAAUAAUAGUACCAAUACAAAUAAUCGAUAUUCAAUAGCUGCAAAUCCACUAUUAGCUGAAAAAUUAUUAUCUCCAACAAGCUUAAAUGAUUUGGAAAGCCUUUCACUAGGAACAACGAUAGCAAGAAUAAAUGGAAGACCACCGCCUGAUAUCAAAGGUAAGAAUUCUAAAUUCAUAAUAUCAAGUACAAAUAAUGCAUGGAGUAAUGGUAAGAAAAAAAUUAAAUGAACGAUUAUAUAAAAAAAAUAAACUCACCUACACAAAAGAUCAAAAAUAUUCCCGA